AUGGCUUUAAAUGACAAUCAAAGACAUCAAAUUGUAUUGCCGGAUAACUGUCUUUACACAAAAUUAUUAUUGCGUAAAGAACACAUGGAUUUGGUGCACAGUGGACCUCAAGCCUUGGUGGCCUCUAUUAGGCAGCGCUACUGGCCUUUAAAAGUGCGAAGUAAGGCACCAUGUAACAAAGGAUACAUCAGCAUAUUUGUAUGUUUCGCGACAAAGGCGAUACAUAUCGAACUCGUGAGCGAUUUGUCAAUGAAGACGUUUUUACAGGCGUUGAACAGAUUUUUUGAUCGACGUGGCAAAAGUUUAAUAAUUUACAGUGAUAACGCCAGAAAUUUUGUGGGCAUGCGUCGGCAUUUAAAGGAGGUGUACGCACUUUUCCAGUCCCCAGAACAUCAGCGAUCCGUUUUCUCUCAACUAGCGGACAAAGGAAUUGAGUGGCGAUUUAUACCACCCCGUGCACCGCAUUUCGGUGGACUUUGGGAGGCUGCGGUCAAAAGUAUGAAAAGUUUGCUAUAUCGCGUUUUGGGAGAAGCUCGGCUCACGUACGAAGAAUUAUUAACUGUACUAACGAGAGUGGAAGCUGUACUUAACUCGCGACCAAUAACUCCAGUAUCCUCUGAUCCGGCUGAUCUAACCUAUCUCACACCAGGUCAUUUUUUAAUUGGCGAUAUAAUGACUGCCAUACCAGAAAAGGAUGAGACGACCACGACUAUUACUCACUUAAAUAGGUGGAGAAUAGUCUCUCAUUACACCCAAGUACUUUGGAAACGGUGGCACCAGGAGUACUUAUCUCAACUACAGGAAAGAACCAAAUGGUCCAGCACGAAAGGGCCUAAGUUACAAAUUGGAACUAUUGUGUUGGUAAAAGAGACAAAUUUACCACCACUCAAAUGGCAAGCUGGGCGUGUAAUGGAAUUAUACUGUGGCGAUGACAACGUGGCACGAUCAGCAAAGGUCCGUACUAACGUCGGCGAGUUUUGA